CUUUGAGUUUUGAAAGCAAACGUCAAUCUGCAAAUGUAAAUGCGGAAUGCGAAUUUAUUUUUCAUUUAUGUUUAUAACGUUAUCCUUUCACUUGGAAACUAGGAGUAACAUACACUACUUCGAGGUGUAAAGAUAUAUCGCUAUCUAUCAAAUAUCCACGGUGUUUUAUUAUUUUGUCAAGUAAAACCUUUAUCAGACAUCGAGUUCUAGGAGUGAAACCAUUUUAUAUUGCUUACGUGCAUAAUGGCUAAUCAGGAUAAACCGAAUUCCGCGACACCAAGUGCAAAUCCAAGUGCAUCACAAGCUCUGCAGACUACAGAAGAUGAAAACCAGAAGUCCUGCUGGGUUUGUUUUGCAACAGAAUCUGAUGAUAGACUGGCAGCUUGGGUGCAACCCUGCAAGUGCAUUGGUACUACGAAAUGGGUACAUCAAAGCUGUUUGCAACGCUGGGUUGAUGAGAAACAGCGUGGCAACAUAUCGAGAAAAGUGCUGUGUCCGCAGUGCAAAGCUGAAUACAUUGUUGUGUUCCCCUCAAUGGGUACAUUCGUGGCAUUGCUGGAUGCGUUAGAGGAGAUCACACACAAGAUUAGUCCGUUUAUAGCGGGAGGUGUACUCCUUGGAUCUAUAUACUGGAUUGCUAUCACAUAUGGUGCGGUUACUGUUAUGCAGGUCGUGGGACAUAGGGAGGGUCUGGAGAUGAUGGAGUCAGCUGACCCUUUGGUGCUGCUGGUCCUCCUGCCGACGAUACCAGUCACCCUGAUCAGUGCUAAGAUGUACAAUUGGGAGGACUCUGUGCUGCUCUUCCUGAGAAAGUACUGCGCUAAGAUACCCGCUCUAGCGUAUAUACUGCCCUUUGGAAAUGUGGACAGCGAGAGAAGCGCAUUAGUGACUGGUCAAACGACAAACGCGAAUACAAAUUCCGAAUCGCAUUUAUCACCGACCAGAAUAUUCUGCUCCGCCCUACUUUUGCCUACCAUAUCUACGAUAAUAGGCAAAUUAUUCUUCCGUUCUAUACAGAAUAAUUUACACAGAACUAUACUCGGUGGUUUGACUUACAUAACUAUUAAAGGCGCUUUGAAAAUCUACCAUAAACAAAUGCUCUAUAUUAGACAUUCGAGUAGAAAAAUACUCGAUUACACAGAAUCGAAUCUUAAAUUGUAUAGAGGUGCUACUAAUGCACAGAGCACUGAGACCAGGGAUGAUACUGAACAAGUCGUUUGAUUAAAUAUCGAUUUUAAAUUCGAUAAUCGAUUUGAAUAUCGAUUGUAAUCAUGUAAAUAAUAAAGUGAACUGUACUUAUGGUGCAUGUGAUACGUUGUGUGAUUUGUAAAUAUAUUUUGUCGCUGGAUUUUUUAAUAUUAUGACAAUAUCUCUCUUUUUAGAAACAUAGAAGGCCUAUGUACAUAUGUAUCGAAAUCUGUAAUUUUUUAUUUUUUUUUGCAAUUCCUGAUUCUUGACCGACUUCCCAAAAGAAGGAGGUACAAUUUGUUUGUAUGUUUUUUUUUAACAUAAUACGAUAAAAAUUUCAAAUCGAAGACUGAAAUGAAAUUCGAUAUCCCAUAAGUGUCUUAAAUUCUUUUUCAAUCUAAAAUUAUUUUAGUAAUAAAUGGCAAAAAAUGGAUUAUAUAUUUUUUCAUGUAAUGCCUUAUUUAUUGGGUUUUUAAUCGUGCCUUUCAAAUAAAAUAAUCAUAAAAAAAUUAUAUAUGUCUAGUUUAUUCUUUUUACUAAUACUUUAGUCUUUUUUUUAUUCUGUACUGAUUUUUUUAAUAUAAAUGUUAUUUCUAAGUACUAUUCUGUGGAUUAUGUAUUACAUAUAUUUUUAGGUGUUUUAAUCUUGCCAAAUAUUUCACAUUUAUUUAAAUUUGGUGUCUGUUUUUUUUAAUUAAAAUAGCCUUUUUAAUAAAUUUAGGGAUCACAAUACUAAUGUAUAAUUGUGCUAAAUUUUAAAAUGAUAAGGUAUAACUCAUUUCAAAUAUUAUGACGGCUCAAGGUUGGCGAGUUGUUCGCCCUCCCACUUCUCACUAUACCAGUUAACAAGAUAUAUUAAAACGUUAUUAUUUAUAACUAGCUGUAGCCCGCGACUUCGGCCACGCAAUAUUAAAAAAAGUAGCAUAUAACAUGCCCGUCUAUGUCAGCUACCCUUCAGUGAAAGAUUACCCGGAACAAACGCGGCUUGCUGACAGACUAACUGAAAAAUAUAGUGUAUCGCUAUUUAUAUUUUUUGACGCUUUACAUAGUUUACGGGUAUAUCGACUUAGUGUAUACACAUGCCAAUAACUAGCACACUUGCAUUCCAGUAGCAAGCAUAUUGUGACAUCGAGCAUGCAAAUUGUAGGGGGACGAGGGGGACAAAUCUUCCACGUGUGAAAAUACUUACAUGUGUACUCGCCCUUAUAUUAUGUAAUUAUAGAGAAAUACUUGCGAGAAAUAUUCUCAUCAACAUCGAAAUGAAUGAAAUUGUACAAUCAGGUACAAAUAAAAAAAAAACGAUGUCAAAGGAAUAUUUGAUUAAUUUAUGUUCUGUAAAUAUACAAUCGGGGUAACUGGCGGUGUUCCGCUAAAAGUUACGGUCGCUUGAAAGUUUAUUAACCUUACAAAUAAACGCGGUAUAAAGUUAAACGUAGGAAUAAACUGAGUAUAAGCAAAAUUUGUACUAAUAUUUGCUCACUCAGUUUAUUCCUAUACUAAUAGUUCGAUACCAAAAAUGUUUUAAAAUGUAUCGUUACAUCAUCAUUGUGUCGUUUACGCAACUCACUGCUAUCUAAUUAUUUGUACGUAAAGGCGGAGUUUGUCUCGUCGCAAGGAAUAAGGCAACUUUUCUGUAAGUGAAACACCGCAGAUUUGCGCGACUGUACCUAUAUUGUCGAUAUAUGAAGAGCCUUUGUUAGACUGAUUGCAUCUAGAGCCCAGUUAUUAUUCUGUAUAUUGCACUUUUAAUAUUUUGUACAGUUUGAUUAAAGGUAUUUUUUAUGAA